GUAUUGAGCGGCAUACAUGCAGCCUCGGGGUCCUUUGGGCAGAUCAAUCCCGUCUCCCCUUGGGCAACUUUUAGUAAACCCCCGCGGGACCUUGCAUGUACUAUACUGUACUUCGUACAUACCUGGUACUACACCACCUGAGCUGAGGUACCGUACCUCCGUCCGUGGCUCCGUGCUGACUUGUGCAUAACUCUGGGUGCACAGUGGCCGAGACUUCCAGCUGGCCAUCUGUUAUCCUGAGCUUUCUUGUGAGAUGCGUCAGUCUUUCGUGCCUCGUAUCCUCCGACAUCCGCCCUGAAAACAGAAAGACCGGUCAUGGUUUUCUAUUUCUUUCACUAUGUCUAAAACGUUUCAAGAUGGCAGUGAUCAAGAGAGCAACCAGAAGAAGAAGCGGCAAGGGUCCUCUACGAACCUUGCCGAUCGCCCUAAGAGGGGUGCGGCGGAGUCCACCACGCACCAUCGUCCCGGCUUGUUCAGGAGAGGCGAAACCUGUGAAGACCUGAGACAGUUGGUGAAUCGCGACCCUAGUGACGAGGGAUACCGCGAGUUCUUGAACGACUCAAAGCGCAUAGAGCAGUCCCAGUACUUCAAAAGGCGCAAAGCGAGGCUCGCAACAAGCAUCGCUAAAGCUGAGUCGAACAUCUUCCACGAGCUGGUCAUCCAAAGCAAGGACAAAGAAUGGGCCCGAAAGGACCUCGACGCGGUCCUCGCUCGGAUACUGCGGAAGCCCAAAGAUGAUCCCUCCUCGGCUACUACAAAUCCCAGCCUGAAGCGCAACACGAAGAAGGACUCUUUUGCUGGAGAAGAACUUCUCGAGGAGGACUUCAAUGACGGGACACCCAUCUUGAUGGCUCUUAGUGCGGGCAAACACCGAAAUCUGUCAUUCGUGGAGGCGCUUCUCGAGCUCAAACCGCCGCCUUCGAAUCUCGGUAAAAUCUUUUGGAAGGAGUCUGAAAAGAGCAUUUGGAGGUACUGUCUUCACGCAGCCAUCGACAAUGCUGACGUGCAUGAUGAUGGUGACUUCCACAUCCUUGAAAUGGUCAAGCACAUGCGACGGUACCAACCACCUUCCCCUAAGAAACCCGGGGACAAGCCACAGCGCUCUCCGUUCGAGGAGCGCGAGAAAAGUAAAGGCAACACUCCUUUGCAUCUUGCCGUCAGGAAAGCGCCUAUUGACACAACAAGCCUGAGGGGUUCCGGAUCCGACUUUCCGGAAACAAGCCCCAAUGUGCGUAGGAUGAGGCGAGCAAACUGGAAGAAAGUCAUCGAGGUCCUUGUGGAGGCAUGUCCUACUGCACUAGGGGUCAGAAAUGGCGUGGGUGAUCGUACACCCUACCAAGAGCGCAUAUUCCGGCUGGCGCUCGAGUUCCACAAGUGGCAGACUCAUCAACCCAAGAAGACAUCAAGCAUUCCUCCUGCUGCAAAUAACAACAUCGCAGAGCCAAACCACGCUUUACUGGAAACACUCGAGGAUAACGCCGGGUAUAUGAGUGACGGCGAGAAAGAUGGCGAGCCCGACCAUGAAAAAGACGCGACCGAGAUCGAAUCCUCCAUUGCAAGGAUGUAUUAUGGAAACGACGACUUUCGGGAGUUUGUGAUUUCCGACCCCAUCGCGUCCUACAUCAGCCACUACUGUGUCGCAUCUCGGGACGUAGCCAGGGAAACGGCAAUGGACUACCUGUAUCGGAGAGGCGAAGAACGUGCUAUCGAGUUCAACCUCCUGGGCUUCCCGCGGCAGAAGAUUACCCAAGACUAUCUCGAGAGUCUCGAAACCCACGUCAGAUUCGAAAGGACACUGAAAUACGUUGCGUUGCCGAGAUUAGCUGUCGAGACAACCAGCAGCUCUUCGCAGGCCGGGUCCGCCCUCCUUCAAAAAGCACCCGGCGCCGACUUGACGACCAUCUUUACGUGGCUGAAGAAGAGGCACGUUAGAAAGAUUCAAAAAGUCACGGUGUUCGACAGCGAGCUACCAUCUCACACCGACGAAAACAUUAUUAAAGCUCUAGAGAAAUUCGAGGUUGAGGAAUGGGACUGGGAUAAGAUGGAUCUCUCUAGUGAGGUGGUUUUUAGAGCUUCGUCGGGUUCUGUCCGCGAAAUAUCACUCCAAGCCUCAGGCAACGAAGCCGUUCUACAAGGGUGGUGUGCACCGGGAGGGUUUGGGAAUAAAACGAAAUUUCCAAAGCUUCGAAACAUCUACCUUUAUCUACACGAGGUCUGUUUCUUGCCAGUGACACGAGAGCACGCAUGUACAGAGUUGCGAUAGUUAUCAACUAACAACUCCAAUGACUAGGGGCAAGAGGAUAAACAAACCCUUCAAAGCCGCGGCAGGAUGGUGAAAGAGAACCUCGAAUCCAGGGCGUCCUGGCACAAGGCAGAACUCUCAGAGAAAGCUAGAGCGAUUGCGAUGGAAGCCGUU